AUGACAUUGAGUGGUAUCGAUGCAGAGACAAAAUUAGCAGAAUUUAGAUUUGGUUCUCCACUCACUUGCGACCGUUUAAUGUCUGAGCAUAAACCAACGUUGACUGGAUAUUUGGAAAAGAAGGGUCGUUUGAAGAAGAAUUGGAAGAAACGAUUCUUUGUCUUGCUUCAGAAUUAUCUCUUUUAUUUUGCAAAGGAGAAUGGUAAAUUGAAAGGAUUCCUUCGUAUUGAGGAAUGUGAAAUUGAACGUGAAGAAGAAGUUGGCUCGAAGGGACUCUAUGUGUUCCAUAUCAAGACCAUGGGACGUUUAUUGAGUUUACGAGUGGAUAAUGUGGAGGAUCGAGAGGAUUGGAUCAAGUGGAUUUAUGAAAAUUCAAGAGUAUUGCACGAGUAA